AUGGAACAGGGUCAAUGUUGGACAAAACGGAAGUACUCUUUGAGCUCGAGUCUUAGUUCACCAACCAAUCCUUCCUAUGGUGACUCAUGGGAAGAACAAGCUUUUGCAGAAGAUGCUGCUAAUUCUCUUGGUGGCUGCAUAUGGCCUCCAAGAUCAUACUCUUGUAGCUUUUGCAGAAGAGAGUUUAGGUCAGCACAGGCUCUAGGUGGCCACAUGAAUGUUCAUAGAAGGGAUAGAGCAAGACUAAAGCAACAACCCUCUAGCCCCCACAAUGAAAUUCUAUGUCAUGACCUUGAAACUCAACUCCAUAAGCCAGUUCAAAGUCCUUUUUCUUCUUUGGGUGGUUACCUAUACCCUUCUCCUGUUUGUGGUUUGGCUUAUAAAAAAACUAACCCUAAUUCUUAUCCUGAUUUUGUUGCGUCACCUUCUUCUUCUCCCUCACCUUCCAAGUUCUUAUUGGCUCCAUCAGUUAAUAGUGGUAACUCCAAGGAGGAAACCAUAAUUCCACUUUAUGAUUCCUCUAUUCUCCACAAGAUUUCUUCUGUCUGUAAUUCUUCUGUAUCAUGGUCAAAUUUAGCUGAAGAUCAUAGAUUAUAUUCAUACAAGUUCCACCCUCAAGCUGAUACUAAGAAUCCCUCCAAGGGAAUAAUGGAUUCUAGAUGUAGGGAUGAUAAGGGGGAUAAUGAUGAUAUUGACGGGGAUAUGAGCUUGAAUUCAUUUGUCUAUAGAACUCACCCAUCUAUGCAGUUUGAGAGUACUAAAGAGGCAGAUCAUACCAGUUGCAAGAAGAGGAAAACAGAUGCUUCCUCAACACUAUUUUGCCCAAAGUCAAGCUCAGUUGAUAGACAUCAUGUUCAGCCAAAGAUGUUUGAACUUAGCCCUAGCUCACUGGAAGAGCUAGAUCUGGAGUUAAGGCUUGGUAACAGGUCCAAGGUAUAG